GUUGCGGGAAGCGAGCCGUUCAACUGGCCGUUACGUUCUGCGGGCCGUCAUGCCAGAGGCAGUGCCAACGACAUUGAGCAACGAGGACGAGCAAACGAUAUCCGAUAUUCUGCAUCAAGAGUGCUUCUAUGCACGCAUCGGAGUGUCGAAAAAUGCAACCCCACAACAGAUUCGAAGAGGAUACCUGUCCAGAAGCAAGAUAUGCCAUCCGGAUCGACUUAGGCACCCUCGUGCAAAAGAAGCCUUUCAGCGUUUAUCGAACGCCUAUUCAACUCUCUCUGAUCCUUUCAACCGACGACAAUAUGAUAUGUUUGGAAAGCAAAUCGACGGCAAUGAGCAAACAUUUUAUGAUGCACUGAAUCAGGUGUUCUCCGAAUUUCUGGAAGGUCAUUUCGAAACAUUAAUGCGACUAGUGGACCAUGUGCAAAGUCUCAAUCCUGAUUUCCACAUAAGUAAAGAAGGCACCCGCCAUGUCCUCUCUUCAAUGCGGGACUUCUGCUUAUGGAGUGGGAGGUGUUGGGGUACUGUGAAGUUUGAGUUGAUAACUCUCUAUGAGAUUCACAUGGACAUUCAGUCGCUUUCAUAUUUCGAUGUGAAGGGGAGGUUUUUGAAGAGUGGGGUUCUGUCAAGAGGCAUCAUUGCUUUAAUGGGAAGGUUGAUACCUGGUGGAGGAGGGCUUAUGGUGCAUUGCCUAUAAGGAUUGGGGAUGCUUGUAUAUAUACGUGAUUUUUUUUGUACAAACUACGAUUGAAAUGAGUCUAGGCUCUAUUUGAUGGACACAG